AUGUCGGCUGCUAGGACAAGUUGUGCAGACAGACGACGGGGAGUUGCAGUAGAGGCGCAUUGUGUUGCAUUGAUUGGAUUGUGGAGUGGUUUGGCUUCAAGGGAGCCUUGGAGGGUCGCAGAGGCGUUCAUAGGACGGACUACUCACCCCUGCCCCUCUGUAGACCGCGUAUGGUGCAAGCAAGCGAGGCUGAAGCUGACCAACCUUCUGUGCGCCGUUGAACGACAACUCAGCAGCAGCAGCAGCAGCAGGACGCUCUCAGCUCGCUUUGAGGAGACUUGUUUCAUGCCAUUGUUUGCUGUCGUCGUCGUCGCAAGUGAGAUGAGUCCAGUGUCCAACGGCAGCAAACGGACAGAUCGGGCAUGGACGACCGGCAGAGCCAAUGGCAACAACGGCGAGAUCGCUUAUUUCCCGUUCACUCACCUAGCUGGACCUCUCGUAAGCCCGCCUCUCUUUUUCCCCCCAAACCCUUUGUUCCUCUCAGCCAACGGCCUUUCGCUUCCGGGAUUUCGGGCGAAUACCAUGAUGUCCAGCCCUCCCCUCAUGAAGGUUCAUGUCGUCAAUACUGUCGCAAAACUUGCCCGUACGCACGCCAACAUGGCUGACCAGCUGCCAGAAAACGAUCACGACUCGGCCUUUGGCGAAGACGACUUCUUCUGGGUCACUGAUCCCAUGUUUGCUCUAUCGCCUGUCGUGGGUACAAAGCGCGAGGCCGACCAGCUCAAAGAAACGCAUGCCCAACCCUCUCAAACGCCUGGCCCGGGCUUUGAGAACCCAAAUGGCAUCGACCCAGCCAUCUUAUGCUGCACUCAUUGCCUGGAACCGUGCCCCGAGGCGCGCAAUGUACGCCCAGCUAAGCGCAGGGCUUCGGCCCAGAAGGUAGGCGAGUAUCACCAUCUCCCCGCCGACUCGUCCCUCGACGUGGACUGUCAGUUUCCAGACGACUGCUUUGAGAAGUUUUGUCAAGAGUGUAACUUGGACCCUGUGUGCCCGCCAGACUGUGCUGCGGCUUGUCCCAGCCCCGACUGCCCAGAGGAGGACGCUUGCUUCGACCCUCACUGCAAGCAGACGGAGCAACACUGUACGGACGGCUGUGUGGACCCGGAGUGUACCAAGUUGACCUGUCCAGAGAAGCCUUGCUUCUGCCAAAAGUGCAACGUCCGACCUUGCCCCUUGGGCGACCCCAACAACGAGUGUCAUCUUGCACACUCUGCUCCCACUCCUGUCGGUACCGUCUACUGCUACGACAAUGCACCUUGCCAUUUUCAAGAGGAAUACCCGGGACACAGCAACGGCUUAGAGUCUUUCGAAACCUACCCCUGCUUCUCUCCUACUCACGACAACUUCAACGGCAGUAACAACCUGACUACGACGGCAUCGAGUGCUGCAACACCGGCGCUCUCUCACAGCAACUAUACCUCGCUGGAGAGUGUCUUCUCGGGAGAAUUAUCGCCAGCUCCGGGACAAUCCGCCUUUUCGAACAAUUGCCUCCUGAACACAUCCGGGGACCAUUGCCACAUCGACAACUCUUGUUGUCAUGGUACAAAGAGAGCCUGCGGAGACUGUCCCUCGGCAUCGAAACAACAGUUGGACUUUUGGAACACCUCGAUCGCCCAAGGCAAUGGGCUGGCGAAUAACUUUAUGAACUUCAACUUCAACCCAAGCUUGCCAACGAGUCCCUUGUCCGCAGAUCGCAAUUCUAUUGGAUCAAACACUUUCAAUCUGGACAAUGCUAUGAUGGGCUUCAACGACCAGUCGUGGAUGAUGGCGGAUUCUAAUUUCCCGACCACAUUCCAGAACACGUUUGGCACCAAUAAGCUAGACUUUCUUGCCUCGGCGGUGCAGCAUGACAUGGGUCGACCUACGACAACGGCGAGUGUGGCUUCGAGCUCGCUGGUAGAGAGUGGAAACUCGGACAGCCAGGCUUGUAUCUGCAAAUGGCAACAUGCUCCUGGUAUACUCUGCCUUGCUGUGUUCCAGUCGCCGGAAGCCCUCCACAAACACAUCAAGACCGCCCACGUCGACAACUGCACCCACUGCUUCUGUCAAUGGGAAUCCUGUGAUGCCUCCACCAAAGACUUCAAACAGCGCUCCAAGCUCUCGCGCCACUUGCUCGGCCAUGCUGGCUAUCGCCCCUACGCCUGCAGUUAUGCAGGCUGCGACAAGACUUUUGCCACCAACCAAGCCAAGGACAACCACGAGCGUACGCACACGGGCGAGCGACCCUAUGUGUGUGAUAGGUGCGGAUACACAACCACAACCCACACGCAGUUGCAGACACAUAUCAGUGCCCUGCACGAGGGAAAGAAGCCGCACAAAUGCAGGUUCUGCGACUUUACGUGCGCGGAUUCGAGCAACCUGAGUAAACACGAACGCACGCAUCAGACUCUCCGUCCGUACAGAUGUCCCCAUGCAAACUGCACCUUCAAGCCCGACUGUCGGUGGGAAAACCUCAAGCGCCACCUUCGUCGCUCCGGUCACUGUCCGCAGCUCUUGGUGGAAACGAGCGAGGAGUACAAGACGUAUAGGGAGAGUGUUCGGCGUGAGAUUGAUGAGUGGCACAAGAGAAAUGAAGAUGGCGGGGUUGGCAAGGCUGGAAGGAGAAAGGGCAGGAGGGCGUCAUGA